AUGACAACCACUACUAUUCAAUUCAACGCGCUGCUCCUAGAUAUUGAGGGUACAAUAACCAGUAUCUCCUUUGUUAAGGAUGAGCUUUUUCCAUACGCGUUCGAGAACGUUGGAAAUUAUUUGGAGGAGCACUACGACAAUCCAGCAACUCAAAUAAUUGUUGAAGAUUUGAGGCACAUUGCAGACCAACAAGCGGAAAAUGAUGUGGCAGUUGUGCGGAUCCGCGAACCAAGAAAGGAAUGCAUUGAGGAUGUAACAAAAAAUGUCAGACACUGGAUAAAAAGAGACAAAAAACUGACACCAAUGAAAGCUCUCCAGGGGCUCAUUUGGGAAGAGGCUUACCAGCGCGGAGAUGUGAAAGGACAUGUAUAUCCGGACGUUUUACCAGUUUUGAAAAUUGUUGAAAAUAGAAAAAUCCCGAUCUACAUCUACUCAUCGGGAUCGGUCCACGCUCAAAAGCUCUUGUUUGCCAAUUCAAUUGAAGGAGAUAUGACCAAAAUUCUCUAUGGCUACUUUGACACAAAUAUCGGUCUGAAGGGAGAAAGCAAUUCAUACACGAAAAUCAGCGAGCGAAUUAAAAUUCCUCCCAGUGAAAUACUAUUCCUGACUGAUGUUGAAGCAGAAGCGGCUGCUGCCAAGAAAGCUGGGUUACAGACAAAGUUAGUAGUUCGUCCUGGAAAUGCGGGUCUAACACAAGAAGCUAUAAACGCCUACGGAACCAUUGAAAGUUUGGAAGAAAUUUUGUAAUUCUUUGUAUUCAUUGUAUUCUUUCCUGAAACAUUGUUUGGAGAUCUUUAAUAAAGCCUUCGGUGUAAAAAUU